CCCCCAAGUGCCUGCAUGGGAGCCCUUGCCUGUGUAGAGAAAAGCCCCCCAGCCCUGGGCCCCUUGUCCCAGGGGCAGACCCGAAACUGCUCAAAAGCCUGGCUGGAGACGGGCGGGACCCAGGCAGGAAGGGAGGGGCCCGGCCUGCAGGAGGGGCAGUUUCUCCAAAGUUGGAUUGGAACCCGGACCUUCCCCUGGGAGGAGACACUGAAAGCCGCCCGAGGAGGAGGAGGAGAAGCAGGAGGAGGAGGAGGAGGAGGAGGGAGGAGGGACAGAUACAGACAGGCAGAACUCUGGACAACACGGCCCCCAGUAACUGAGCACCUACUCUGCCCAGGCCGGGUGGUAAAUGCUCAGACGCUAACUGGAUUUCGCCUGAAUCUCACAAACACUGGCUUCCAUUCCUACUUCGUUUCUGACUACGACCCCACCAUCGAAGACUCCUACACCAAGAUCUGCACCGUGGACGGCGUCCCGGCCCGGCUGGACAUCCUGGACACCGCGGGCCAGGAGGAGUUUGGCGCCAUGCGGGAGCAGUACAUGCGCGCCGGGCACGGGUUCCUGCUGGUGUUUGCCAUUAACGACCGGCAGAGUUUCAACGAGGUGAGCAAGCUCUUCACGCAGAUCCUCCGGGUCAAGGACCGCGACGACUUCCCCAUCGUGUUGGUCGGGAACAAGGCGGAUCUGGAAGCGCAGCGCCAGGUGCCCCGAUCUGAAGCCAACACCUUCAGUGCCUCCCACCACGUGGCCUAUUUCGAGGCCUCGGCCAAACUGCGCCUCAACGUGGACGAGGCCUUCGAGCAGCUGGUGCGGGCUGUCCGGAAGUACCAGGAGCAGGAGCUGCCGCCCAGCCCGCCCAGCUCCCCCAGGAAGAAGGCCAGGAGCUGCCCCUGCGUCGUCCUGUAGAGGAACCAGCACGCGCUCCCGGGACCAGCUGCCCUUCCCCAGCGGGGUCUCCCAGGCCACACUACACCCCCACCCACGACCCCCGGCCUGCGGCCACUGCCACCGCGUGCCUCUGCCAAUGCCUCCUGCCCCCACCCGGGCCCCUGGUGGGGGCGAGGGGCUCCCGGGCCUCCAGUCCGGGCCACUGCUGUAUAUAACCCCGCCCCAGAGAAAUAAACGUCACUGCCAGUGU